UGACGUCGGAGCUGCGCGGCCGGAGAAGCGCGCGGCAGAAUACGUGCAGCUUGAACGCUGAAUGAGGCGGGCAAGAGCGAUGGCGGUGCGUCCCUGAGGCGACCAUGACGAAAUUAGCGCAGUGGCUUUGGGCACUGGCGCUCCUGGGCUCCGCCUGGGCGGCCCUGACCAUGGGAGCCCUGGGCCUGGAGCUGCCCUCGUCAUGUCGGGAGGUCCUGUGGCCACUGCCCGCCUACUUGCUGGUGUCCGCCGGCUGCUAUGCCCUGGGCACCGUGGGCUAUCGCGUGGCCACUUUUCAUGACUGCGAGGACGCCGCCCGCGAGUUGCAGAGCCAGAUAGAGGAGGCCCGAGCCGACUUAGCCCGCAGGGGGAUGCGCUUCUGACACCCUAACCCCAUUGGCGCCGGGACAGCCCUCCCUUCCAUCCCUCAUUAAAGUGCAAGUUUGCUUUCUAA